AUGGCGUUAUUGACAGAUACCAGCCUGCAGUGUGAAGCUUCAGGACUUCACAGGACAGCUGUGGGAUUCACAGCGGACGUACACAAGUCCGUGCGCUCCCUAUAUCAGCUAAGGCCGCUAAAGAGCAUUGUAAAAAGUCCGGUUGAGACCAUAAGCACAAACCAUUUUCAAUCUUUGUGGUAUUUGAUCGAGACUGCUCAGUCAGAGGAAUGGGGGUUUGUCUACGAUAGCCGGAAUAAUUUACAGAUGCGGGGUUUGGUCGUAUUGCUUAUUUCCAAAGCUGCAGGACCCAGCACAGCAGAGCUCUCUUUCCAGCACAACAUGGUCAGUGGAAUUUAUUCCAGUCAAAGAAGUCUGGCAGAGAUUACAGAAUUGAUCCACACGGCCUUUCUGGUGCAUCGUGGCAUAGUAAAUAUUGGUGAGCUGAAGUCCUGUGAUGGCCCGCUGAAGGAUAUGCAGUUUGGAAACAAAAUGGCUGUUCUGAGUGGAGAUUUUCUUCUGGCAAAUGCUUGCACAAGUCUUGCGCAGCUGAAGAAUACCAAGGUUGUGGAACUCAUAUCGAGUGCUAUUGGUGACUUGGUGCAAGGUAUAUACUAUGAAAACUCAAAAUUGUCUGAGGAGAACUGUCUUACAGAUGAUAUUGGAAUAGCAACUUGGAAAGAACAGGUUUUCCUCUCCCACAGUGCCCUGCUGGCAAAGAGCUGCCAGGCUGCAAUGGAAUUAGCAAAGCAUAACGCAGAGAUUCAGGACAUGGCAUUUCAGUACGGAAAGCACAUGUCUAUGAGUCACAAGCUACAUUCAGACCUUCAGCCAUUUGUUAAAGAAAAUCCUAGUGACAGUGUGGUCUUCAGUUUAAAUUCUGCUCCUGCAGUCCUGCAUCAGGAAUUCCUUGGAAGAGAGGCGUGGAUUAAACAGAUUAGAGAGGCACAAGGAAAAGGAAGCAUAAUGGACUACAAGAAGUUGCAAGACGCAAUCAAGGCUGGCAAAGGUGUGACUUCUGCCAUUGACCUCUGCCGUUACCAUGGAAACCGAGCGCUGGCGGCCCUGGAGAGCUUCCCUCCCUCGGAGGCCAGAUCUGCUCUCGCAAACAUUGUGUAUGCCGUGACCAGAUUUCCCUGACGCGCGGUUCGCCGAGGAGCCGUUGUUCACUUGCGGGGAUAACCGGCCGCGUGUCGGCCGGGCAAGACACCCCGAUUCACUAAAGCGCGUAAAAUUCGGUCCCCUGGCUCCCCCUCGCCCCCGCCGCCCCGGGGACGCGCACCUUGUGGAAGCGCCGCAGUCAAAAA